AAAUUUCGUGUUCCAAUUGUGUUUUGGACCUCCCAGCAUCGUUGCUAUCUUGGCGCAGGUACAAAAAACGUAACAUUAGCCAGCGGGAAUAUAAACAACAACACGCAUACUGUUGCAUUUCCCUUUCUUUCGCGUGCAGAAUGUAAAAUACAGACAAGGAGAUUUUUGUUAAUUUUUAAUUUUGUUGUUUGUGAUGUUUUUUUUUGUUGAGGACGCUUUGUUUAGAUUAAACAGAGUCGGCGCAUUUGAAGUCGGUAAAAAUAUACGUGCGGCGUUGGAAAUUAGUGGUGUUUUAACAUAAAACUAGAUAUAAACAAAAUACAUAUAAUUAAUAGAUAAAUCUAUAUUAUAAGUACGUGGCUAUAUAAAAAUAUUGAGUGAAGUAUUAAAUUUGCGCUGAAACAAUGUCGGGUACUAUUCUAGAGAAUCUGAGCGGACGCAAACUCUCCAUAUUGGUGUCGGUGUUAUUGUUGUGCCAAGUGUUGUGUUUUUUGUUGGGUGCUUUGUGGGCGCCAGUGCCAGCAGGUCAUCAAAAUGUAUUAGGAAUGGUAUGCAAGGAUGUACAAGGUCGACAGAACGACACCACUCUUUGGCUGUAUACACGUGGUGCAGGUAAAUGUGCUUCUGUUUCACAGGAAGAAAUCGAAAGUGACGACUUAAAGUUUGCAAAUCAAAUUGUGUAUAUUUUCCAAACGCCAUUGCCACGCGACGGCAAUGAGUUAGAUUUCUCACGUUGGCAACAAAAUCUUAUCGGCGUAUUGCAAGUAAAUAUUGCCUAUAGUUCGAAUGUAGAAUUGGAAGCGCCUCCGAAGGAACUUCAACUGACUGUUGAUGCACGCUUGGCUUAUAGAAAUAAAUAUGAUGCCCCCACGGAUUGGAAAUUAUACUCGCGUUCAGUAGAACAACGUUAUCUUGAUUGCACUAUAUUACAUAGAAGUCAACAGGAAACACUGUAUUCUUGCGAAAUGAUACCGCUUUUCGAAUUGGGUGCACUACAUCAUGAUUACUAUUUACUUAAUUUACGUUUUCCACUCGAUUCUGAUAUGAAAUUAAAUCUGAACGUUGGUCACAUGCACGACUUAACACUGACUGCCAUUUAUCAAAAUGGUGGCUUCACAAAGGUUUGGUUGUCGCUUAAAACGAUAUUAUUUCCCUUCGUUGUACUCAUCAUGAUUUGGUUCUGGCAACGUGUGCAUAUUUUGCAGCGUUCACCUGCUUUACUUGAAUAUAUGCUAAUAUAUCUUGGUAGCGCCUUAACGUUUUUAAAUCUACCUUUGGAGUAUUUAUCACUCUAUAUAGAGAUGCCCUAUAUGCUACUGUUAAGUGAUAUCCGUCAAGGUAUAUUCUAUGCAUUGCUACUUUCAUUUUGGCUUGUUUUUGCCGGGGAACAUAUGCUAAUACAGGAAUCUACGCAUAAAUCAACCAUACGUUCUCGCUACUGGAAACAUUUGUCCGCCGUUGUAGUUGGUUGCUUGUCAUUGUUUAUCUUUGAUAUCUGCGAGAGAGGCGUACAGCUUCGCAAUCCAUUUUACUCUAUUUGGGCUACACCAGUUGGGGCGAAAAUAGCUUUAAUGUUUAUUAUAUUAGCGGCUAUUUCGGCAGGUAUAUAUUUCCUUUUCUUAUGCUAUAUGGUAUGGAAGGUGUUUAAAAAUAUUGGAGUUAAACGCACUUCGCUGCCAUCCAUGUCAACUGCACGACGAUUGCAUUAUGAAGGUUUGAUUUAUCGUUUUAAAUUUUUAAUGUUAGCUACUUUACUUUGUGCUGCUUUAACUGUUGUUGGCUUUAUUAUGGGGCAAGUUGCAGAAGGCCAUUGGAAAUGGGACGAAGAUAUUGAUAUACAAUUAACUUCUGCUUUCCUGACCGGAGUUUACGGCAUGUGGAACAUAUAUAUAUUUGCUUUAUUAAUACUUUAUGCUCCAAGUCACAAACAUUGGCCAGCUUGUACCAACGAAGAAAACUCUCAGUCAAAUGAAAAUAUAGUAAUUGCGGCUGGUGGUGAAGAAAUAGAAUUUAGUCAUUUGCCAUCUGAUUCCAAUCCUAGUGAAAUAUCAUCUCUAACCUCUUUUACCAGGAAAGCAGCAUUCGACUAAAGAUAUUAUUUACUCUAAGAAAACAGUUAAUGACAGAGACUGAAAUGUAACGAAAAAGCAAAAUUUUCAUUUCUGGAAACGCACAUCUCUCAACUCCAUCUUAGUCCUUUAUUUAUGAAUAAAUAAAUAGUUAUUUUUCUGUUUUUAUUUUUUCAAUAAUAUGCUGAAAUAUCGCACAACAUUCAUCUUAAACCAGUAGGGUAUUAUUAAUAUAAUUAACUUUAAUUAUAUGUAAUUAUUUAAUUAAUUAAAAGUUAGGCCAAAUUUUUAAAAAAGUAAUUUUUGUUCAACCAAUAAUUGUAUACCAUUAAUGAUUAAAUUUUAAGCUAAAUUAGAAAGAAAAAAUUCGUAUCUAAUAUAGAAUAAUCUAUUAUGAAAUCCCAAAGUGUAAUUAUAAAGUAUACUUUAUAAUUUCGAUUAAUGUAGCCUACUUAAAUCUUUAUUUUUAUUGUAACAUUUAUGUCGUAUUUACGUAGCAUAACAUUUUUGAAUGUACUUUUAUAUUAUAUAAGCCUAAAAUUGA